AUGUUCUUCACAGCCAUCCGUCUCGGCUCACGAACGACAUAUCGUGGAGCCAAAGGUUCUGGCUCCGGCGCCUCUACGCGCACGUCGGCAUUCUCGUCACCCAAAUCGCGCAAUUCCGCACUGGGCGCGCUUGCGACUGGCACCAUCUUCAAACGCUCGCAACGCGGACUUUACGACGGCAAGAUGAUCCAGUCCGGCCACAACGUGCCGAAAUCGCGGCAGAAAACCGCACGAACCUGGUCACCCAACAUCCAGAGCAAAAAACUGUGGUCCAACACGCUCGACCGCUUCGUGCGCGCCAAAGUGUCGACGAGCGCACUCAGAUCCAUGGACAAAAUGGGCGGCUUGGACAUCUACCUCGCCAAGACCAGCUCGGAAAAACUCGGCGAAUGGGGUAGAAACUUGAGAGAUACCCUGGCACUGAGACUGCGCAGUAAAAGAUUGAAGCUCGAGAGGACUGCUAGACAGUUGUAG